UUUACACCCCUGGAUUUAAAGAUCUACAGCAGAACAACCAAAACUGAGAGAUGUCGGCAUACAGCAUCCUCACUCCAUUACCAGAGGAACAUUUCCGAUGUUUGAUCUGUCUGGACGUCUUCACUGAACCGGUCACCACACCUUGUGGUCAUACCUUCUGUGGGUCCUGCCUCAGCCAGCAGUGGAGCGACAGCGAGUUUUGUCAGUGUCCAAAGUGUAACAAAAGGUUCCUCAUGAAGCCAGAGGUCUCCACAAAUGAAGUCAUAGCCGAAAUGUCAGUCCAAAUAAAGAGAAGAAAAACCGAGGCACUUGAAAGCACCAACGCUCCGUGGCAGGUGAAGUGUGACGUGUGCACAGACGUUAGAUUCAAGGCGUCCAAGUCGUGCCUGGUGUGUCUGGCGUCGUACUGCGACGGACACCUGGAGCCCCACCAGCGGGUUCCUGCCCUGAUGAGACACAAGCUGGUGGAGCCCGUGGAGAACCUGGAGGAGAAGGUUUGUGAGAAGCACGCAAGGAUCCUGGAGUUUUUUUGCAGGCGGGAACAGGUGUGCGUCUGUCUGCUGUGCUGUGAAGGAGAACAUAGAGAACACGAGACGGUGCCUGUGGAAGAGGAGGGGGCUCUGCAGAAAGAAAAUAUUAAAUCCAAACAAGCGAAAAUCCAGCUCAUGAUCAAUGGAAGAGUGGAAAAGAUAAAGGAAUUUACAAAUGCAUUAGAAAUUAGAAAAACAAUGCAGGCUCUGGGCACCACGUCAGAGACCAAGGACUGGUCCAAGACCAAGGUUUACUCAGACCUCUACAUUCAAACGAUGAGAAGAGCCAUGGAUCAUCUCAUGAACAGCUUUCAAACUGAACUGAAAACGCUGACGAACAUCGAAUCAGUCAUUUUUGAUGACUCCACUGCUGGUCCUGGUCUUAAAGUGAUUGAGUACGGUACACGUCUGAAGUUCUCCAAGCUCGCCAGGUCUCCAUCAUAUGAAUUGGAAAGGUUUGAUUCACCCAUGGUGUUUGGAACGAAUGGCUUCACCUCCGGCCGUCACUACUGGGAUGUCCAGGUGGGCCUGAGAAACAACUGGCAUGUCGGUGUCGCCCUGGAAACUGUAGACCGAUCAGAAGAUGUAAUUGUGAAAAAAGACAAUGGGUUCUUUUCUAUCGGAAAGUCUGGGUUUGACUAUGAAGUUCAUUGCUCGCCACGAAGAGUUCUUCAUCUCUGCACCAGACCGAGCAAUUUGGGGAUCUAUGUGGACUACGAGGAAGGUCGGGUGUCAUUCUACGACCUGAAUGAGCGGCUGCACAUUCACUCUUAUGUAGGGGAAUGUUUCACAGGGAAGCUGUUCCCUUACUUUUAUCUUUACAGCAGAGCAAAGAAGUCUGAGGCAUUAGUAACUGAUCCCUGA